CACUAUUUACACAUGUUACAUCCAACUGGAGGAUAAAUCUUACAUUCGUAGAAUUCAUUGCUCGUAUAAAGGCGUUCUACUACGUCUUGUCGGUUCAGUUGCGGUGUAACCUUUCAACGGUCAGUAGCGAGACUGAAUUAAUCUCAGUGAUUCUAUCAUUUUUUCUUGGUCAAUAUUGAAUUCAUCCCACUCAACAUGUCCAAAGUGUUGUUGUUUGCUCUGGUUGGCCUGAUGGCUGUCGUACUUAUCACAGCUCGUUCAGCUGAUAAACAGGCAACUGCUAAAUCACCAGUCUGCACUAGUGGUCGACAUGGUGACCCCUGUGUUGCAACGCGUGACUGCUGCGACAAACUGAUAUGCAACGCGUACGCUCAUCGGUGCCAAGUGCAAAUCACUCGAGAGGAAUUGCUCGCCAAACGAGAGGAAAUUUUAUCGAAGAAUAAGAACAAAAAGCAGAAUUCAGCCCCAGCUGCCUAACUGAAAUCCAAAAUUAUGCCUCACGGCUUUGAUAAUUAACCCUGUCCUUAGAAUCUCACAAAUUAAUGUCCUCAACUAACAAUUAGUCUUGUAUGAUGAAGGGAAAAUAAAUCCCAUGGAUUAUCCGAA